GUUGACGCAGCACAGGCACAUAGAAAAGUCUUUUAAGCAGGUUGGACUUUUAACUUUUGAAGAAUGGCAGGUCAAAUCAUAAUCCCUGUACUGCUUCUGUUGGCUACAGGUGGAGUGACAAUUCAGGCCCAAGGACCACUUUACCCCUUCCAAAAUGUUGGAACAACGAGCCCCCGAGACGAUGAUGGAAGCUCCCCUCGAAUUACACUUCAAGAGAGCUUUAACUUUUUUGGCCAGAAUUACUCUCAGAUUUUUUUGAACAACAACGGUGAUCUGACCUUUGAUGCACCAUGGUCUAGCUACAUUCCUGAACAAUUUCCAAGGCAUGGAGGCAGAGACAUCAUCGCUCCAUUCUGGGUCGAUUUAGAUAACACACUCAAUGGCGACAUCCGCUAUAUUCAGCACUCAAGUGGCCCAGUUCUGCAGCAAGUUUCGGAUGACAUCAAUGCAUACUUCCCAGCCCUUUCCUUUCAUGCCAACUGGGUCUUUAUUGCAACAUGGCACGAGGUUCCAUAUAUUGGCGAGUCUGGAACAGAAACAACCUUUCAGGUCGUCUUGACCACCGAUGGGCAAUUCUCAUUUGUGCUGAUGAAUUAUGGGUCCAUAGCACCUACAUCAAGGCCUGUACAGGCUGGAUAUGACACAGCCGAUUCCUCUCACCACUUCAGCAUCCCUGGAUCAAUGACUAAUAAUGCAGUCGGAAGCAACUCCUUUUUCAGCCUUCAUAGUAACGUCAAUGUACCUGGACGCUGGGUCUUCCGUGUAGAUCAAGGUUCAACAGGCUACACUUUCAAUGAUCCCUGUGAAGAGCUGCACUGUACAGAGUAUGAGCGGUGUGGGGAGAGAGAUGGAGUGUACGGCUGUUUCUGUGAUGAGGACCACCAUAGACCCAACAAUGAGAGCUACGACUCAAACAUCACAUGCAGCAGCAGUUCAGGCAUCAUGUCCAUCUCUCGCUGCCAGCUGUUUGAAGCGGGCUUUCACUCCAGUGCUCUCCACCUCCAAGAUGAAUCUUGCAACGGGACGAUCCAGGACGGACGACUCGUGUUCCACUUUGACAACGACAACCAUCUGUGUGGGACAACUCUGAGGAGCAAUGGAACUCACUUCCUGUAUGAGAACACCAUUCAUGGGGAUGUGGACACUCAUGGAGUUCUGAUCAGCCGUCAGAGGACCAUUAAUCUGCGUUUCUGCUGUGUUUACCCUCUGGAACAAGCCCUGUCAAUGUCUGUGGGCAUCAGUCCAAUGGAGAGCAUUGUGGACAAGAAACUUCCUUUUGGCACCGGAUCAUAUCGUUUGAAAAUGACCCCCUAUGAAGAUGAAGACUUCCUCACGUCCUUCAGCACUAACGCAAUCAUAGGCCUUGAAAUUAAUAAAGUGCUUUUCGUGGAGGUGAAAACAGAGGGAGUGGAUGAGGACCAGCUUUCCACAAUUCUGGAAUCUUGUUGGGCCACGCCAGUCAAUGAUGCAGACCACCCCGUCCGCUGGGAUCUCAUCGAUUCACAGUGCCCCAAUCCAGCAGAUGGAACCGUAGAGGUGAUUAAGAACGGUGUCUCCACUGCGGCACGUUUCUCCUUCAAGAUGUUCACUUUUACCAACCACACAGAGAUCUACCUGCACUGCAAUGUUCACUUGUGUCUUUUGGAAAACAACAACUGCACAGCUGAUUGCUCUCCUGGACACCAAAACCGCCGCCGGAGAGACGUAUCUUACCAUGACUCAGGAAGUCUGUCCCUUGGACCACUAGUUCUUGGGGAACAACAGACGAAUGGUGAACUGAUCUACAGAAAUGGUGCUUCAGACCAUCUGACAUCAAUUGUUACCUUGAUUGUCAGUUUGCUGAUGACCAGAAUUUGGGCAAAUUGAGAUCAAAGAAGGUUCAUGACCAAAAAUCUAAAAAAGAUUUAUGUUGCUUAGAUGUUAAAUUUUGGUAUUUUCUUGUAAUUAGGUGAAGAUAAAAACAAUUGUGCUCCACAUCUGUAGCAUAUAUAACAUUUCGUUUUUGUUCCGUUAUUACUCUUAUAUUAUUAUUAUUAGUUGUCGAUAAUAUUAGCGGACGGGAAAUGUGAAUUGUUAUGCGUGUGUUAAGGUUAGAUAUAGAGCUAAUUAAUGUUCACAGGAAUUAUCAAACUGAAUCAAAUUUUUCUUAAUGUCUAAACUGUGUUUAAGGAUGUUUUGCUUGUGGGAAAUGUAUGCGAUCAAUUAUAAAAGGGAAUAAAAUAGGAAUUUGAAUUCA